AUGCACAUGAACAAGAGAAUCGGGCGCCUGAAGCAAUGGGCUGGCGAGCGCAUGGGUGGUGAGGUGAAAACCUCUCAGUCGGAUGACUUCAAGGCCCUGGAGACCGAGAUGGGCGUGCGACACGAAGGUGUCGAUCGAAUCCACAAGUCCAUGACGGCAUAUGUCAAGGCCAUCUCGAAGCGCAGUGAAGGGGACGAUAAAGAGAAGACUCUUCCCAUCGCUCACCUGGGUAGCAGCAUGGUGGGCCAUGGGGAGGACUUCGAUGGUGCUUCCGAAUACGGACAGUGCCUGAUCAUGCUGGGGCGGACUGAGGAGCGCAUGGCACGCAUCCAAGAAAACUAUAUCUCGCAGGCGACCUCGAGCUGGCUUGAGUCACUGGAGAGAUCUUUGGCCCAGAUGAAGGAUUACCAGCAUGCGCGGAAGAAGCUCGACAGCCGUCGACUGGCUUACGACACAUCCCUCUCGAAGAUGGAGAAGGCCAAACGGGAAGACUUCCGAGUCGAGGAAGAGCUCCGCACCCAGAAGGUCAAAUACGAGGAAGCCAACGACGACGUGAUCCGUCGGAUGCAGGACAUCAAGGACGCAGAGGUGGAGAGUGUCAUGGAUCUGGGUUCCUUCUUGGAGGCCCAGCUCGAGUAUCAUGAACGAUGUCGUGAGGCGCUGCUGCAGCUCAGAAGUGAAUGGCCAGCCGGGUGCAGCCAAGCGCCAUCUCCGCCUCGUCGUCCAACCCGAGCUCGAUCAAACACCGCCCAUUCCUACCAGGAGCGAUAUGAGCCGUUGCAGGAAGAGUUGGAAACUGUCACGGAGAGCCGACCUACCAUUCGUUCCAAUCGAACCGCCUCAAACUAUGCGGCCGACUCUCCUUCCCGCGAGGCCUAUCCCGCGAGCAAUGGCUACGCUCGACCGGGUCUCAACCGAACAUCCACUUUCGAAAGCCCAACUCAACUGCGCCAGGAAACAUCCCCGGCUCCAACCCAGUGGAUUCAGCGCACUGCGAGCGACAAUAUGGUGAAUCGCCGAGGCAGUGUCCAGCAUACCGGGGGGCGAUAUCUGGCGGAUCCGUAUGCGGAUUCCGAGGCCAGCUCCUACGGCCGCUCUAGCCCCGAGCGUGCCUACGGCGGACGAUCCAUCUCUCCCGCCACCUCACACGGGAGUGUGCCCUCCCGUCGUCCAAGCUCAACUGCGCUGAAUGCCUCGAGUUUGGCCAAGAAGGCACCCCCACCACCCCCUUCGCGUGCGAAAAAGCCGCCACCUCCUCCCCCUCCCAUGAAGCGGUCCCUGGUCACCGUGACCGACCUGUAG